AUGUCUGAGGACCCAGCAGCUCGGGCCCCGGUGCGCCGAUUGAAAAUCAAGUUCGGGAACAAGCUUUUGGCUACGCAUGCUGUUCGGGUUCCAGGCCUGGUGAGCUCGGCAUCUCAGGACAGCAAAGACGCAAAACCAGGUAUGAUUGGAAAUUUGCCGGAGUUGCGCUUGGGGUCGUUGGCAACGCACCGGGCUGCCCGUGACGCAGGCUCAGCGCUUCAGUUGGCAAGGCUCAGGCAGGCGUCCCUUCAGGGUUAUGUUCCGCCAAGUGCCACUCCUGAUGCAAUAGUCGCGCGGCUCCGGGAUGGGGAAGGCUUUGCGCCCGGCUCUGAGCUUCCACCUUGGGACUUUACGGCCCCGCGUAUCCCCAAAGCCCAAGAGCGGCCUGCUAAACGCUCCCGACAGCUGUCCUGCGCGGAGGAUGACAGCAAGCAGUCUUGUCAGGUUCCCUGCCCGGACGCGGCCGCGGGGCCGACCCGUCGGGAUGGCCUCGGAUCCUGGGCCGUCCGACUCGAAGCCGUGAACGGGAUCAAGCACCAACCCCUUGCCAAACCCGACCCCACACCGGAGCACACAGGCAUUCCUGUCGCGGGCAGCGGGGACAACCACACGCACGCAACAAAUUUUGCUCUCGGCAGCGGUGAAAGCAUUACGCGCCCAGCUAUCAUUGCUGUCGGCAGCGGGGAAAGCAAUACGCGCACAGCUAUUUUUGCUGUCGGCAGCGGCGAAAGCAAUUCAGACCAGGCAACGAAUAGUCAGGCGUAUCUGCCGCUCUCGCCAGAUGAUAUCGGCGAUGGUGCAGGCCGAGGGGCCCCAGCUGGACCUGCUCGUGCGAUCCAACCGCGGGACAGCUGUGCGGGCCAAUCCUCCCUGACCACCGCAGCAGAGCCCGAGGCGGCAGGCCUGAAGCGCACCCGCCUCUAUGGGUCCGCCAAGAUGUCAGCAGCCGCCGCGGCCGCGGCUGCAGCUGCGGCGUCAGCAAAUCUGAAGGAACCUCGUGGCAGCUCUGCCGCCGCCGCUGCAGCUGCAGCUGCGGCGGCUGCGCCGCCGCAGCCUCGGACAGUUUUAUCAGCAGCAGCAGCAGCAGCGGCGCGCGCCGCAGACCCCAGUUCACCUUCACGCCGACCCAGCGGGUCCGCGCGCAGUGACGUCCCAUCUACAAGUGGUCGGCCGCAGCCCGCCACGGCAGCGGGGAAGGCGCCCAAGGCACCCUCAGGUGUCUCUGUGGAGACCCAGACUUCGCAGCGCGAGUUCCCCGUGCUUCCGCUUUCCUUCUUGGAACUUCCGCGUCUCUCUGGCACUGCCCUGUCUUUUCAAAACAUUGGGCCUUUUGACUUGCAGCUUGAACGGGACAACCGCAAGCUUGCAACUGAAGGGCAGGUUGACACACAGUUGGAGGAGGCGCGGCGUGUGAAGCGCCAGGGCGAUCAGCUGUUUCAUAGCAACUUGAAAGUCUGGACGAUAAAGUCGUUGUCCAAGUACGUGACGGCAUCGUUAAUGUUCAUGGAGACCGCGGAUGCGAUUCUUCAGCGGCGGGAUCAGCGCUUCACGUCGAGGUACGUCGCGGACUUGUACCGUCAGACCGCCGAUCUGCUGGUCCACACGGUGGCCAACGCCGACACGAUACGCGGCAACGGCAUCGGUAAGGAGGCGCUGAGGCUGCUGGCGGAGCGACUGUGCGCGCUCUGCCUGCUGCGCCACACCACGCUGAUGACCGCCAACUUCAAGGCGCUGUCGGAAAAGGCACAGGCAGCGCUGCGGGAGCAUCAGCGGCAACAGGCGGCCCAGGGGGCAGGCGGCGGUGGCGGCGGCUCCUCCUCCGCUCCGCAGCCGCUCGCUGGCUUUGGCCACGAGCAGGUUUCGGAGUUGCUCAGCUACGCCCGUACGACAGGGCGCUUUUCCGAGUACAUGAAGCGUUCCUGUAAGAGUUUCGAGGCCUUUCUAGAACGGCCCGACGUGCGCCACGACCAGCAGGCCAAGCUGGUGUGCAUGCAUCUGGCAGCGGUGUGCAUGGACGUGGGCAUGACGCCGGGGCUACGGGUCAUCCAUCACGCGCGCGAGGCGGCGUUUUUCCGCGGAGCAGAGGUCAGAAAACACCACAUCAGUUCGUACACACAACGUUUCUUUUGUUGUCGAGGUUCUUUGCCCCGCCGGGAAGAACCGUACGCCAGGCAGAUGACCGGCCUUGGUGCGGAUGGACGCAUCAGUAGCAGUGUCGAAGGGAUCCUAGGCAGAUGCAAGGCAGCGAGGGACUCUUCUCGGUCUCAUAGCCCGCUGGACCCCCAGAUGGCGCUUAGGCGGUGCCGCGAUCCUGGUUCCCGGGACGUCAUUGGCGUUCGGCCUCACCGGCCUCUUGUAUGGCUUCAGGGCAGGAGAAAGGUGUCGCCGUUGUCUUUGGGUCAGUGUGUUGUUGUUUGGGGAGCUGACGGUGACGGCUGUCGAAGUGCCAGCCGCAGCUGGGCUCACGCGGGGGCUGCUAAACUGAAGCACUGA